AUGAGUAAAGGAAAAAAGGUUACAAUCGAAAAAAUUAGUGGAAUGGGACCAUGGGUACGCUCAUCAGGCUAUCAUAAUGAACAUUUGGAAGAUAAUCUUACUGAAGAACUCUCUGAUUUAGAAUUAUGGCUUCGACCAACCACUCAAGAAGAACUCAGUAGAUACCUAACAGUCAGAAAGUUUGCAAACUUUAUUGAAAACCUUUUUCCACCAUGUUCUGUUGUAGCUCAAGGCUCUACAGGAACAGAUACAUAUUUACCAACAAGCGAUAUCGAUUUAAUCAUUACAAAUCUACCAGAAACAGAAGAUGGUAACCAUUUAUUAAAAAAACUUUCUAAAGAUUUUUGGAAAAGUCAAUUAGUUGUUCAAUCUUUCGUUAUUCCUAAGGCAAAAGUACCAAUUAUCAAAUGCGUUGAAAGAGUUUACGGAUACCAUCUUGAUAUUUGUAUUGGAAAUAUCAAUGGACUCCUUAAUGUUCCUAGAGUUCAUAAUUAUUUGACUCAUUAUCCACAAAUCCGACCACUUUUGAUGUUUAUGAAAGCUAUAACGUUCAUUACAGGCAAUGAUGACCCUUGCAAUGGUGGUUUUGGCUCAAAUCAUUUAUUAAAUUUAGUAUUUUUUGCUAUACAAGCAUUUCCAGAAGCCAAGUCAACAGGAGAACUACUAAUUAAACUACUAGAUUGCAUUGGAAACAAAUUCAACUACUUUACAUGCGGAAUUACGAUAGUUAAUGGUGGAUGUCUGUUUUCUAAGUACAAAACAAACACUCUCGACCCUAAACAUCCACAGUCAUUCGUAUUCGAAGACCCACAGAUGUAUAAUAUCUUUUUUGGAAACAAUACAACAAGAAUGCCAAAUUUAGUUACAAUUUUCCAAGAAUCAUUAGCCAAAAUACACUCAGAAGCAGUUAAUGAUUCAUCAUAUCUUUCUUUAGUGCUCGGAAGUCUUGAUAAAAUCGUAGAAAGACGGAAACAAAUUUUGAAAAUUGCAAAACUCUUGGAUUCACCAAUAGAACAGUUUGCUGAUAAAGUAAACAAGACAAAGUUUUCAACAUGGAUAGAACCAAGCAAGAAGAAAGCUAAAUCAAAGAGUGUUCCGCCUAAACAAUCAAAGAAUCAUACAAACAAACCAAAAAUUCCAAAACCAAACACAGAGAAACACCACAAGAAGGAAUACAAAGGAGAAAUACACCACGAUUCAGUUCAUAAGAGACAAACAAGAAAUAAACAUUCAGAAGAUAACGAAAAAAGAAAAAUCACUAAAAUCAAAAGAUCAAAAUCUGUUGGAUCUCAUUAA